CCCAUAUAAUUCUCACUCAUGAUCUUUGUUUCUUUAAGCUUUUCUUCUCCAUUGUCUCUCUCUUUCUUAUCCUCUCUUUCUCAAUCAAUUCCUUCAGACUUAUACACUUUAUUUUUUUUCCCCUCUUGUCGAAAACAUCACAUAUAAAUAAAAAACCAAAAACCCUAAUUUAUAAAAUAUAUAUAAAAUAGUUAUAGCUCCCCACUUAUAUAUGCAAAAGCCAACAUCAAGUAUCUUAAAUGUCAUAAUGGACGGUGGAGACAGCGUCGGAGGAGGAGGAGGAGAUGAUCACCACCGUCACCUCCACCAUCACCACCGCCCUACUUUCCCUUUUCAACUACUCGGAAAACACGACCCCGACGACAACCAUCAACAACAACCUUCCCCUUCCUCCUCCUCCUCUCUAUUUUCUCUCCAUCAACACCAACAAUUAUCUCAAUCGCAACCUCAAUCGCAAUCGCAAAAGUCACAACCGCAGACAACGCAAAAAGAGUUAUUACAAACGCAAGAGGAAUCUGCGGUGGUGGCAGCUAAAAAGCCACCGUUGAAACGAGCGUCGACGAAAGACCGACACACGAAAGUAGACGGAAGAGGGAGGAGAAUAAGGAUGCCGGCGUUAUGUGCAGCUAGGGUUUUUCAGCUAACGCGAGAGCUAGGUCAUAAAUCCGACGGUGAGACAAUAGAGUGGCUUCUUCAACAAGCUGAACCAUCUGUAAUCGCCGCCACCGGAACCGGAACAAUCCCGGCGAAUUUCACUUCUUUAAACAUCUCUCUCCGUUCUUCAGGCUCUUCCAUGUCUCUUCCUUCUCAUUUCCGCUCCGCCGCUUCCACUUUUAGCCCUAAUAACAUAUUUUCUCCGGCGAUGCUUCAACAACAACAACAACAACAACGUGGUGGUGGUGUUGGGUUUCAUCAUCCCCAUCUACAGGGACGUGCACCUACGUCGUCUUUGUUUCCUGGUAUUGAUAACUUCACACCAACGACGUCGUUUUUGAACUUUCAUAAUCCAACAAAGCAAGAAGGAGAUCAAGAUUCUGAAGAGUUAAACUCGGAGAAGAAAAGAAGAAUCCAAACGACGUCGGAUUUGCAUCAACAACAACAACAACACCAACAUGAUCAAAUCGGAGGAUAUACACUUCAAUCUAGCAACAGUGGAUCUACAGCCACCGCAGCCGCCGCGCAACAAAUACCGGGAAAUUUCUGGAUGGUUGCGGCGGCUGCGGCUGCAGGUGGUGGUGGUGGUAAUAACAACCAAACAGGUGGUCUUAUGACAGCUUCUAUUGGUACUGGUGGCGGCGGUGGAGAGCCUGUUUGGACGUUUCCUUCCAUUAACACGGCAGCGGCAGCGUUAUAUAGAAGUGGCGUUUCGGGCGUUCCAAGCGGCGCGGUUUCUAGCGGUUUACAUUUUAUGAAUUUCGCAGCGCCAAUGGCAUUUCUUACUGGACAACAACAGCUAGCAACAACUAGUAAUCAUGAGAUUAAUGAAGAUAGUAAUAAUAAUGAAGGAGGAAGAAGUGACGGUGGUGGUGAUCAUCAUAAUACACAGAGACAUCAUCAUCAUCAACAACAACAUCAUCAUAAUAUUCUCUCCGGCUUGAACCAGUACGGACGGCAAGUUUCCGGCGACUCUCAAGCUAGUGGAUCACUUGGAGGUGGUGAUGAGGAGGAUCAGCAAGAUUAGACACACACAAAAACAUUUUAACGGUGGGAUUUUCUGCCGACGGCGGUAGCGGUGACGGCGUUCGGCGGCUGUGUAAAACUUUUGUUUUCACCGUUAAUUUUUUUUAUUUUCUGUAGUAAUUUUUUUUGCUAAGUAAAAAAAAAAAAAAAAACACGUGAGAUUUUCUUUUUAAUUUUGAUUUUUUUACUUGAUUUUAAAUUUGAUUUUUCUUGUGAGUGAGUGAUUAAAUAGUACACGAGAUUUUUUAUGUCAGGUUUUUUGGAUUUUGAGGAGAAUAUGACACUUUUUUUUAUCAUUAUUGUUUUUAAUUGUUUUUUUUCUUCUUCUGAUAGUGUCACUGUCGUCUCGAUUCUCAAUCAUCUUCGUUUUCUUUAUCCAUUAAGAAAUUAAUUAUACAUAAAGAAAAAUUCUAAAAAGUAUUCGUCAAACAAUGUUGGUUCCUAUAGUAAUAAUAGUAACAUAUACAUCAAAGUAUAAUCUUACUGUUUUUUUAGUAACAUUACGUUUUUUUAAGUGUUAAUACAAAAAAAAUUGAGAAACUAUUUUAUCAAGGAAUGAGAUGGGCCUCUCUCUAUUGGCCCACCAAUCUCUGUUAUAUUUGGCCCUUGAAGUAGUUGUUUCAAAGCUAAUAGAAAACAGCAAAGUGUCUCGUUUGUUUUACAUGGUCGAACGAAAACGAUACAAAAAACAUAAAAAUAUCUCGUUUGAUCUUAUAUGCUAUGAAAUAUAUUAAAUGCUUUUUUUAGUAUAUGAUUCAUUUUAUCUCUGUUUCUUUGUCGUUUGUCC